AUGGCAACAAACUUCUUGGCAUUAGCAUGCAUACGCAAAGAGAGUUAUGAGGAGUACUUAUCGCCAAGGCCAAGGUAUCCUUCCAUGCCCAAGUACCCGAAAGGGGUUUCGGUUCAAGAGACGAACGUGGAAGGAUCAGAGGCAAAGGCAGUGUUUUCUGUUGUGGGAAUGACAUGUUCUGCUUGUGCUGGAUCUGUUGAGAAAGCUAUCAAGAGGCUUCCUGGGAUAAGAGAGGCUGUUGUUGAUGUGUUGAAUAAUAAGGCUCAAGUUGUAUUCUAUCCCAGUUUCGUUAACGAAGAAACUAUCCGCGAGACUAUCGAAGAUGUUGGAUUUCAAGCCGCAUUGAUUGAAGAUGAGAUGAAUGAAAGAUCUAGUCAAGUAUGCAGAAUACAGAUUAAUGGAAUAAGUUGCACUUCCUGCUGCUGUACAGCUGAAAUAGUUCUGCAAGCAAUUCAUGGCGUACAAAGAAUCCAGGUGUCUUUGGCCACUGAAGAAGCUGAAGUUUACUAUGAUCCAAAGAUCCUAGACUACAACCACCUGUUAGAUGCCAUGGAAGAUAUAGGAUUUGAAGCCAUGCUUAUGAGUGCUGGAGAAGCUGUGAGCAAGAUAGAUCUUAAAGUUGACGGUUUAAAGGCAGAACAUUCAAUCCAAAUAAUAGAAAAUUCGCUUCAAACACUUCCAGGGGUUCAAGCAAUCGAAAUAGACCCUGAGCUCGAUAAAAUUUCCAUUUCUUACAAACCAAGCAUGACAGGUCCUAGAAAUUUUAUCAAAGCCAUUGAAUCAGCUGGGUCCGAAAACCUCAAGGCAAUUGUAUUUCCACAAGGAGAAGACAAAGAAACUCACAGACAAAAAGAAAUCAAGCGAUACCGUGGCACCUUCUUGUGGAGUUUGGUUUUCGCGAUUCCCAUAUUUCUAAUUUCCAUGGUAUUUAUGUAUAUCCCUAUAAUUAAUCGUCAACUAGACAUCAAGGUAGUCAAUAUGCUAAGUGUAGGAGAGCUAAUGAAAUGGAUACUAUCGACCCCAGUGCAAUUCGUGAUAGGCCGGCGAUUCUAUACAGGAUCUUAUAAAGCAUUGCGGCGUGGUUCUGCUAACAUGGAUGUUUUGAUUGCCUUAGGAACAAAUGCAGCCUACUUCUAUUCAGUCUACUCAGUAUUGAGAGCUUCUAGCUCUCCAGACUUUGAGGGUACUGAUUUCUUUGAAACUAGCUCAAUGCUCAUCUCAAUUAUUAUUCUUGGGAAGUACCUCGAGGUUAUGGCUAAGGGAAAGACAUCUGAGGCAAUGGCCAAGCUUAUGGACUUGGCACCUGGCACCGCAAUAUUAUUAACCCUGGAUGAUGAAGGAAAUGUGAUCAGGGAAGAAGAAAUAGAUAGUCGGUUGAUACAAAGGAAUGAUGUGAUUAAAAUCACACCUGGUACAAAAGUGGCUUCAGAUGGUUUUGUUAUUUGGGGGCAGAGCCAUGUGAAUGAGAGCAUGAUAACCGGAGAAGCACGGCCAGUGGCUAAGAGGACAGGUGAUGCGGUAAUCGGGGGGACAGUUAAUGAGAAUGGGGUGGUGCACAUUAAGGCAACGACUGUCGGAUCUGAGAGUGCUCUGUCACAGAUUGUUCGGCUUGUUGAGUCAGCUCAGUUGGCUAAAGCUCCUGUACAGAAAUUUGCUGAUCGCAUCUCCAAAUACUUUGUGCCCCUUGUCAUUAUUCUUUCCUUUUCAACCUGGCUUGCAUGGUUUUUAGCUGGAAAGUUCCAUGGAUAUCCGGACUCUUGGAUACCACAGUCCAUGGAUAGCUUUCAGCUUGCUCUCCAAUUUGGAAUCUCUGUUAUGGUCAUAGCCUGCCCUUGUGCUCUAGGAUUAGCAACUCCAACAGCUGUCAUGGUUGGCACUGGAGUUGGCGCAUCUCAGGGUGUUCUAAUCAAAGGUGGCCAAGCAUUAGAAAGUGCACAUAAGGUGAAUUGCAUUGUCUUUGACAAGACAGGAACUCUUACGAUGGGAAAGCCAGUGGUUGUUAACACAAGACUUGUGAAAUAUAUGGUACUGAGAGAUUUUUAUGAACUCGUAGCUGCAGCUGAGGUAAACAGUGAGCACCCAUUGGCCAAGGCCAUUGUAGAGUAUGCCAAGAAAUUCAGAGAAGAUGAAGAGAGCCCUAUGUGGCCAGAAGCACGAGAUUUUGAGUCCAUUACUGGCCACGGAGUGAAGGCUAUUGUCAGAAAAAAGGAAGUGAUGGUGGGAAACAAAAGCUUGAUGUUGGAACACAACAUCCCCAUUUCAAUUGAUGCAGAAGAGAUGCUAGCAGAAGCUGAAGGGAUGGCUCAAACUGGGAUUCUAGUAUCGAUUGAUAGGGAAUUGACUGGAGUUCUAGCCAUAUCAGAUCCAUUGAAACCGGGUGCUCCCGAGGUCAUUUCCAUUCUCAAGUCCAUGAAAGUUAGGAGCAUAAUGGUGACAGGUGACAACUGGGGAACUGCCAAUUCCAUUUCCAGGGAAGUUGGGAUUGAAACAGUUACUGCAGAAGCCGAGCCUGAGCAGAAAGCUGAGAAAGUGAAGGAAUUACAGGCUGCAGGCUAUAUGGUGGCAAUGGUAGGUGAUGGGAUAAAUGAUUCACCAGCACUCGUAGCAGCAGAUGUUGGUAUGGCCAUUGGUGCAGGCACAGAUAUUGCUAUAGAGGCAGCUGACAUAGUUCUAAUGAAGAGCAACCUGGAGGAUGUGAUCACUGCUAUAGAUCUCUCCCGGAAAACCUUUUCCCGAAUUCGCUUGAACUACAUUUGGGCUUUGGGGUAUAACCUCCUGGGCAUUCCAAUAGCUGCCGGAGCUCUUUUUCCAGGCACUGGAUAUCGUUUACCACCCUGGAUCGCUGGAGCGGCAAUGGCAGCCUCUUCAGUCAGUGUUGUUGUGUGCUCACUCUUGUUGAAGAAUUAUAAAAGGCCCAAGAAGCUGGAAAAUCUAGAUAUUCGUGGAAUAAUGGUUGAGUGA